AUGGCGGGAACAGGAACGUUCCUGGCUGAAUCACCACCAAUGGACCACAUCCACGACAACGAUGAAAUCGAAGACCCUCAUGAUCUGUCCUUCUCCAGCAACCAUAUUCUCCGAGCAUCCAUGGUCGAUAACCUGGUCAUGUCGCUCGAUCAAUUCUCUGGUGGUGUAUUCGAUGACGGCCCAUACACACCCCGAAGUAACAGUUAUGACACAAGUGUGAGGAUCCGGAAAAGAGGACAUACAUUCUCGUCUUCGACAUCUUCGGAGAAUGAUGUCCAACACAUAAGACCCAUGCCGCAGAUGCCACAGACAAUUCCCAGACUACCUGUACGCAACAGUGUCAGAUACCAAAAGGACCUGCAGAAACUGCCUAGUAUAUUUGGAGAAGACGAGGAUUCGGUCCGCGCAAAGGUCUAUGAUGCACAAAGAGCAGCACAGCCUCGUCACCCAAGACGGAAAAAGAAUGCUUCUGGUGGCGGCAGGAGUACCAACAGCAGUGCAUCUUCGAGUAUUGACCUGGGACAUCUAGCCAGUCUGAGUGGGAGGCUAGGAGGGCCAGGAAACAGACGAUCUCGGAGCUUUGAUUUUGGUGCUAGACCGCGAGAUCUACGCACGACUAAACCUCCCGGGGGUGCUGAUGGUGCACCCACUCCGGUGAUAUUUCCCGGGCCGGAAGCUCAGAGCGGAACACCAGGAGUGCCAUCUGGUCCACCCCUUGUCCGGAAAAACAGUGCCAAAUCCUCCAAAAGCGCGUAUGUCAAGAAAGGCCGAGCAGCAGCAUUGGGGUCCAAUUCUGGCCGCAAUGAUUCUGUUCCCCAGCUGCCUUCGAUGAAGAGUGUACCGAGUUUCAACACCGUCGAACACAGGGCAAAUAUAGGGUCAUUGCACGAGACAAUCGCAGCACCCAGACCAGGCUUCUUUCGCCGUGUUUUCGGCUCGUCCAGAAACCCAUCUGUGAAUACGGAGACUGCCCCAGCGGUCAAUGUACUCACCAAGUCACAACCCGGCCGGGCGACUCCGGUACAAGAUGAGAAUGCACAAAACCCAACAACGCCGCCUGGAAAAAUGCAAAAGGCUGUUCGGCGGACGUCCACCGAUGCUUCGGCAAACAAAGAGAACCAGCCAGUGAUCACCAAGAAGUCUUCUGCAUUUUUCCGUCGAAGAAAGAAAUCGGUUUCAAAUGCAGUGCCCCCUCCACUGCCACUGACAUUGAACUCGGACUUGCCAACAGACAAUGAGCCUGUGGAUGGGACGAGUCCAGUAAGCAGCCUCAGAGCGUUUAUGGACCCUUACCUGGUCGAACCUCCAUCUUCGGCAGGGCAUGCUCAUCCUCGUGGCCACGGUCGAACCAGCUCAAUGCAAGGCUUCUAUAACUCGAAUCUACCACCUCCAGGGUUCAACUUAUCGAACCAGGUCGUUAGUCGACCUAGAGCAGGGGGCCAUCACCGAUCGGAAUCGCACGGCAGCAGUAAGACGUUAAAGUCGAACCCCAAACAGGUCUCAGCCCUUCGAAUCCCUCAUCAGGACUCCUUCCUAGCAGAUAGCAGCAGUGCAGAGGAGCCGAUGAAGCGAUCUCCGUUUGAUGCCAGCCACCAUUCUGACAACGAGAGGCCUCCAAUACGGUACAGGGGUAGUGUAGCCGACUUGAAACUAGAGCAUACGCCCUCCGCAACCUCACUGCCCAGCCCUCUCUCUGAUCCAAGAUCGGCUACGACGCGACAGGGAUCAUGGAAGUCCGACAGGGUCUCACCUAUAUCUCCCAUGACUGCGGCUCCUACUCCAACCUCACAGAGUGCGGAAUACGGAAACAAGUCGAUAUCAGCUAGGCGACAGAACACUCUGGAAGUUGUGCCGAAAGGAGCCAAGGGUUCUCCGUUCGCGUCAACCUCUGACGUUAGUGAGUAUAGAUCAGCACCAAGCACUCCCUUGAUCAUUGAAACACCCGACGGUGAAAUCGCAUCACCGCUGAGCUCCAACCCACCGACCGCCCCGCCGAGCGAUCCUCAGCCCGGCCUUCAAUCAAACCAUAAAACGAAGGCUCGGCAGAUCUUUAAUAACACCGACGAUGAGGUAGAUCCUUCUUCCGCAGGUGCCUGGCUGGGAGAUGCCGGACUAGAGAGGGAGUAUGUGCGCAAAGCAUAUAUGGAGCUCUUCGAUUGGAAGGACCAAAAUAUCCUGGAUUCCCUUCGGGGUCUUUGUGACAGAAUCAUACUCAGAGGCGAGACCCAGCAAAUGGACCGUAUCAUGGAUGCCUUUGCCCAGCGAUGGUGCGAGUAUGUGGUGCAUACAAUUUGCUACUCGAUCCUGCUCUUGAACACCGAUCUUCAUUUGGCAGACAUUGAUCAGAAGAUGACGAAGGUCCAGUUUGUGCGCAAUACGCUUCCGACAAUCAAACGCGUCGCCCAAGGCUCUGAGAUCGAGAAAACUUUGCGAGGCCCAAAGCGUACGACAGCUUCUUCGAAUGAUGAUACACACAGCGCUGCGUCGGAUUCGAAGCGGUCUGUCGACCCGCCAAUCCACGAAGAUGGCCAUCCCGAACUAGGCGAGCCUGGGCCGGAAGUCGCACAAGGGAGAGCGUGGGAGUUACAAAUCGAAGGCGUUCUCAAGUCUUUCUAUACCUCGAUCUCACAGGAACCUCUCCCGCUCUUCGGCGCCCAAGCUGAACCAAACACACAGCUUAAUCAGUCUAACAGCUUCUUGACCAUCGGGGGUACUAUGCUUCGCCGCACACCUAGCGUGCUUAGCAAGGCACACUCUGAUACGAAUCGAGGUCGGUAUGCCAGCGAAAGCAAGUCACUCGGCGCCCGCUUUAUUACAAAGACGCGGUCGAGACCGCGGCUACCGUCUGCUCCGGGCUUUGCCUCUAGUAGAACUAGCAUCGACGAGCAAUCCUCGGCCUGGAGUCCAUCAAUGUCGAGCACAUGGAGCAAGGCAUCUCUGGGAAAGACAUUGACGUCAAUGUCGGUCGAUUCGUUUGGCACUGAAGCUACUCACGCCGAUUAUCAAUCGUCCAUCGGUUUUGCGAAUGCUUUGAGCCAGGCCAUCAUUCGGGAAGACCAACUAGAAUUACCGAUCGAGGACGGGGCUAAAGCAGUGUCCCUGCUUGACGACGAGUCCCUUGAGCUUUGCGGCGCCCCGUGGGCGAAGGAAGGCAUUGUGAAGCACAAAUGUCAUCUUGAAGGUGUUGACAAGAGAUCAAAGGACAGGAAUUGGAAUGAUUGCUUUGCCGUUAUUGAGAAGGGUUACAUGAGACUUUUCUCAUUCUCGAUGACGGCGAAGUCUCUGAGGAACAGGGCACGAGCUCCCAAAGUUCCCGCUGUCGUGGGCGGUGGGAAUUGGCAGGACAAUGCUGAAGAGUUGUGGAAAUUCACCCUGCGCCAUACCAUUGCCAGCUCUCUUCCACCGCCCGGAUACUCAAAGGCUCGACCCUAUGUGUGGGCGCUCAGUUUGCCGACAGGCGCUGUUCAUCUCUUCUCAGUUGGCACACCCGACAUUGUGAAAGAGUUCGUUUCUACCGCCAAUUACUGGAGUGCGAGAUUGUCGAAAGAGCCGAUGAUGGGUGGUAUCAGUAACAUGGAGUAUGGCUGGAGUGAUGCCGUGGUCAAUCGCUCAUUGACCUCGCCGGACCUCCAAUCCGGACACAACGCGGCGAUGAGCCCGCGCCCCAGCACACAGAUGUCCAUGCGGAGCUCCAUGGACCACGUUGGGGGCGUCCGGCCGAAACUUCCCGGAGACAAGGCUCAUAUCAGCGAGUGGAUGCCACCUCAGCAAUCCAUGUUUGCCUCUCAGUUGAUGGAGGUGGACCAGCUUCGAGCAUUACAGACAUAUGUCACCAAUGUGGAGGAAGAGUUGCAGCGGCACAACGAACUGCGAGGUCUAAUGCUCCUAGCAUUCACAGUCAAGCACCCCAACGCCACCAAAGCAAUGAACAACUGGGAGCGGAAAAGCAGUUACUUGCUUCGAGAGAUUGUCAAAUUCCGCACGUACAUCGAUACGCUGCAGAAUGCACAGAUGACGAAGGAGAAGAUCUAUCGGAUGAGAAAGGAGGAAGAGAGAAUACAUCGUGGAGCGAUGGACUCUAGGAACUAG